AGGUGUGGACUUGCUCGAGUGACCGCGAUAGCUCGAGGAAACUAUCAAGCCGUAUCUGAGAGAGGUGUAGACAUCAGAAGUCAGAGAUAUGGAACACAUAUCGGAUGGAAGCCCGAUCGACUGUUUGGGUCUCUGUCAGAUGAAGCAUUGGACAGGCCGUAUUCUUAUGUCGUCAUAACUACGAAGUGCAUCCCGGAGCUGCAGAAGACGUCCGAAGUCUUAAGGCCCUUGCUUUCUGCUCCGUACGCCAACAAGUAUCCCCAACCGACCUACGUCCUCCUCCAAAAUGGCUUGAACGUCGAGAAGCACCUUCACAAUGCCUCCAGAAGCGUCGGCAAUGGGAAGCCCAACGUCAUAUCCGCUGCUGUGUGGAUCGGCACCAACAUGCUCAGCAAGAGUGAAGUCGAGCACAACGACUUCGAUAGAGCGACGAUCGGAAUCUAUAGACCCGACAACUAUAACACUACUCAUAACACUCCUGCAGAAGAGGCCUUGCUGUCCGGCUUCGCGGACAUGCUAGCUGCGGGUGGCAGCACCGUCAAGGUCGUCCCCGAGGUUCAACGGAUCAAGUUCUAUAAGAACUUCUGGAACGUUGCCUACUCGUCCAUCGCGUCGCUAACGCGCUACCCCUUGCCGGCGAUAUACCGGCAUCCGGGCUCCAACUCGCCCAUGCCCAAACCGUACGUGGACCCGAUCAACGGCUCGCUGAUAGAGCAGCACACUCUCCCCGUCAUCCGCGGUGUGCUCGAGGAACUUCUUGCCGUCGGGCGCGCUCUCGGCUUCCCCGAUACCGAAGACGGCCUACCGUCGAGUGUCAUCGAUGCGACGAUCAACAGAACGAGAGAUAUUCAUGUUCGUGCAGACAGCACCCACAAGCCGAGCAUGCUUCUGGACAUCGAGAACGGCAAGCCAAUAGAGGUGGAGGUGAUUGUAGGCGAGGUGGUGAGGAUGGCAAGAGAGAGGAAUGUGCCGAUACCGCGGAUAGAGGUGCUUUACGCGCUCCUGCUUGUGAUACAGAACCAACUUCUGCAGGGCGCUCGAUAG